AUGCACAGGUCUGCAAGCUGGAACAGGUUCUCUGAUGAUUACUUCAAGCAUUCAGCAAUAACUCUGUCUCCAGGGCACAGAUCAUACUCUGUUUUUGACACCACCACUUUGCCAACGUAUGAUCCCAUUGCUGAGUUGGCAAAGAAGGAGAAGGCACGUGUCAAGUUUGCAGAGAAUGCAGUUCAUGUUAUCCCUUUUGUCCUCCUUGUUUGUGCCCUCGCUCUUUGGCUCUUCUCAAACCCAGAUAUAGAUGUGGGAAUGAUAGGAGAUCCAAUUGGAAGAAGCAUUGAAGGAAUGAGUCUUGAAGGAGAAAUUGAAAAUGACAGCGAUGGUACUCAAACGGGCUUCUUACCUAUUGUCAACCCAGAUGACAUUUCCACAAAAGAUUUUGCAGCUGAUAAACUUUCCAUUCAUCUAAAAAACUUUAAGUAA